AUGGCUUCUUCUUCCGUGCUGCCAAUUGGAGGAGGCGUGGGCGCCGCCGUGCUCACCCGCGGCACAGCUGCCGGCAAGGCUCUUGCUCCCAGGCCGUGCUUCCUCGCCGCUCGCCCGCACGCCGUCAGCGGGGGCCGCCUCCGCGUGCAAACCCCUCCCAGAUCGUCUCCGGCGUACAAGAACGCCGCGAACGCCACCGACGACGCCAUCCAAAACGUCAAGGAGGUGGCCGGGAAGGCGGCGGACAAGGCCUCGGACGCGAAGGACAGCGCGGCAGAGACAGCGGGGAAAGGUGGCGCGAGCAAGGUGGCCGAGACGGCACGGGACCUCGGCGGGAAGGCGAAGCAGACGUCAGAGGAAGUGUGGGACGCGACCAAGGAUGCCGCGCAGGGCGUCGCGGACAAGGUCGCCGCCGCGGCUAAGGAUCUGAGCUGA